AUGGCCGACCACAAUUCUCCAAAUUACAAAGAUCUUUACCUUCAGGCAGAAAAAGGACGGCAGCAGGCGGAAGAACGCGAGAAGCAGGAAGCAGAAAGGAGGCGACAAGCAGAAGAACGCAACCAACACACCUCUUUCACAGAGCUCUUACAGCACUGCCAUGAUCUUAUCUCCCGCCGUUUGCGAGUCGAGACACCUUCUCGCUCAACCACUGGCAAAAUACCCCCUCCCACUGGAAAAGACUACCUAACUCGAUUGGAACAUUGGACCGACUGUCCAGAGCAGCUGCUAAGGGUCUAUAGGUCUGUCUGCAAAUAUCUACAGUUAGAGCGAGAGCAGGCGCCACGCUUAUUCUCACCUCUACUAGAGUUAGAAGGACUUAGCCGUCGAUUCGCUCGCAGGCCACUCAGUAGCGAACAAGAUCUCGAGGUAUAUAAGCGGCUUAGAGUGGAAGAACACGUCUAUAAUAUAAUAUCGGAGUUACGCAAAAUUCCGGCGGUAUAUAACGAGUUCGGCCUUAGUGAUGGAAUCUAUUUCAGCAAUCAUAUAAAUUCUUUGAUAUACCUCACUCACGACCAGACUAGUUCUGUAUUUAUCGUAUCGACGGAUACGAAGCUGAGGUACAAUACAGAGCGGCUUAUCUGCUCUGCUAUCACCUCUAUUGCGAGGGUGUUAUACCUUUAUUUAAUAGUAUUCCGUUUACCCGCCCGUAGAGAAGAAUUACAGCAAAUUCUCUACUCCGAUAGUAUAAACCCUAAGUUUUCGAGUCUAGAGUCUGGUUUGUCCUAUAAACUACCGUCGUUAUCUCCGCUACUGUCUCCCUCAGAGAGCCGUCGAAGAUUCGACCGCGCUUACGGUCACCUAACUCGUCCGGUUAAGUUACGCCUUUACCGUCCGCUCGGCGAUCUAGUCGCCGAUAAGACUCAGGCGGUUGUAGCUCCUACAGUGCCCCGUUUAAACUUACUUGCACGAAAUAUAGUUACACGGUUAUCGGUAAAGGCACUACUUCGGGGCUGUAGGAAGAAGUUUCCCGCGAAGCGGAGUGAAGAGCUCGGGCGUGCUUUGAUCAUUGACUUUCACCGUUCUACCCUGAUAUACCGGCCAGCUAAAAAGCGACCUGGGGCCUCGAAACGACCACUAUAUCGAGUGGAGGCAGAAGAUACAAAACGUCCUCGGGUUUUGUGA